GGACCACAUCGCACUGCAAACACGUGGCGAGCUGCCUGAGAGAACCACGUGGACUUGCGUGCAUGGGUGUGCAGCGAUGCAGAGGUGGGGCGUGAGCGGGCGAGGCAGUGUCCCUCCCGCACAGCAGCUACCCUGGCGCGAGAGGGAAUAUGCCAGCACCAGAAGCGAGUGUGGGGUUGUGGCUGGUCCGUCGCCAUCGCUCGUUUCCCUCCCGCUAGUUUUGGCUGCCUGUGAGAGGAUGGUCGAGCAACGUCACCAUGGUCUUCAGGAUAUUUCAAGCUCCUAACGUCAGGUCUUUACUGGUUCUCGCAGUUACAGCCGCGCUGAUGUGGACUCUUCAUGUCACGUAUAAUUCACACAACUAUAUAUUUAUACCAACAACAGCAACGACGUCGAUAAUGAAAGAUGCAGGUAUAUAUGGACCUACGUUAACAAACACAACUAGGAAGGUAAAAGAAGUUACUUAUGUGCCAAGAGUAAUUCGUAAUAAUACAAGAACACAAGAGGCGACGAAUACACCCACUAAUGUUUCAACCGCGAGAACAGAUAAUAAGAAACCGUUACCGAUGGGUGCUCGAGGCAAUGUACCCAUUCCUUUUCUACAAGUCACGCUCCCAGCAACGUCGCAAACACUCCACAAGUCACUGUCCGAGACAAACUCUACACACCGAACAGCGAAUGCAAAUUUCACCAAUAUGAGCUCUCAAACCCUGACUGAAACGAACUUGAAGAGGGAGCCGAGUCAACAACCGGCGUCCGAACCCCAGGCGACGGCUUCGGCGAAGAACCUUACCGUCAUCCAGCGUGAUUACUCUCGGAAGCCGUCCGUGCUCUGGCCGCAGGACGCGAACUGCUCGAGUUAUAAGUUGUGGUUCGGGCUCCGGGUGCCCAGCGCGUGGUUGCUCUCCUUUCCCCGCUCCGGCAAUACAUGGACCCGUUACCUGCUGGAAGGUGCUGCGGGCGUCGUCACCGGCUCUGUUUACCAUUCCAAAUAUCUCAAAGGCUUAGGCUACAUGGGCGAGGACGACCCUCUGUGGUGGCGAACUUCCCUCGUCAUCAAGACUCAUUCACUCCUUCCUCUUCGCAUCCACCCCGACUACCCUGUCAUAGCUGUCAUCAGGAACCCCGCCAGGUCUAUCCUGUCCUUUUGGAAUUAUUGGAAUAUAGAAGCAGAAUCACAAAAAUUUACUGGCUCCAUUGAUUAUUCUUAUUAUUCAACACCAGAAUUUCACGAGUUCGUACACAUCAAAUUGCAAAAAUGGAGGGCAACAUAUGAAUAUGUCCUAAAGAAUACUACUAAACUGCAUGUGGUGUUCUAUGAAAGGCUCCGAGAAAACCCCAUAAAGGAGGUUCGUAAGAUAUUGACCUUCUUGGGCGUUAAACCAGACGAAGGUCGCCUUGCCUGCCUGAGUCGCCAUACAGAAGGGAGGGUGAAAGGAGCUCAGAAAGAAAAUGAUCCCUACAGUUUGUACGAGAAAAUGAACAUGUUUUCCGUUGUCCAAGCAAUUAAUGCUCUCUUAAAAGAAAGAGGAUUUACUGACUUACCUGAUUAUGAAUUUUAGAAGUAGGAUCUACUGCAUUUUGCUCAUACAAGCUAAAAUGGCCACUGUUGGUGGCUGUGAGAAAAAAGCCAUAAACUAGUUUGUACGUGAUAUUUUUUAAUAAAUUUUUAGCUUUAAAUUGUUUUUACUUUUUCUUCCUAUAGUUUACCAAAUAUUUUAAUGUGGUGUUUAUUAACCCAUUGCCGCCAGGGAAAAUGAAUAAAAAAUGGGGAAAAUGCUGUGCUCAUUUUUUAUAUUUUUUUGUGACCUGUCUCUACACACGGAUUGCUCUGCCUUACCUGAUUUCACCUUUCCUUGAAAGGGCGGGAAAAUAUAUUUUUUACUUGUUCUAUGAAUAUCGAUGGUGUAAGUUUAUUAUAAGCAUUAUAAUUGCUAUAAUGUUAUA